AUGAUAAUCUUGACAGAUGUGUGGCAUCUUAAAAGCAGAUUUAUUGAGGUUACUGGUGAAAUAGGCACUCAGAGACUUGGUAUAAGGCGAGAUAAGAAGAUAAAUGACAUUCUUGUUGAUGGUGCCUGGAGAUUUCGACGCUGUCGGGAUCCACUUAUUCAGAACAUGGUUCAGGAGAUUGAGAGAUUUCCUUUAAAUCUCACCGGUGGCAGAGAUGAAGCUUUAUGGAAGCGUGGGAGUGAUGAAUUUAGCGCACGAUUUAUAGCUUGUCAGACAUGGCAGCAGAUAAGAGCUCGCAGAGACAGGGUUCCAUGGAGUAAGAUUGUUUGGUUUAGUCAAGGUGUUCUGCGUUUUGCUUUCAUCACAUGGCUUACGAUUCAAGAUAGACGUUCAAUAGGGCAUCAUACAAGUAUUUGGGGACAAACUCAAUUCUGCACCUUUUAUGGUGAACCAGAUGAAACUAGGGAUCAUCUGUUCUCUGCAUGCCCGUAUACAUUUAUGCUUUGGUUAAGUGUAGCAGGAAACUUGUUUGGUAUUGACCCGGAUCCGGACUAA